AUGGCUGCAGUACAAUCGCUCCUCAAACCAGUCUUUGCCCUCGUCGGCUGGACCUUUGCAAUGGAAGGCUGGAUGUAUGCCACCCGUCUCCCAGCUAUGACCCAAUACAAAGUCAAGACCGACCCAAGCUUCUCCAAGGAGAAACUGAACAACCAGAUCCCACCUCAUGUGAGAUGGAAGGGUAAAUGCUCUCUACCUCAGCUCGAGAAAGAAAGAAUGCUAAUUCGCAAUAUUACAGCUGACAACUAUGACCAUCUCCAUGAAGCACCCACGCGAUUCUAUGCCGUGGCAUUGGGACUGGCCCUUUACGCUAGCACUUCGCCUGCUGCGCUGUCUACAGGCUUCAUGGCUACAGAGGCAAACUUGGCUUGGGGCUAUGUGGCGCUGAGAGUGGCGCAUAGUAUUGUGCAGGCGAGCAGCAAUCCCAUCAUGGUGAGAUUUGGACUGUUUGCUGCCAGUGAGGUUACCAUGUUGGGUUUGUUGCUCAAGGGUUUCAGUGCUGUGUAUGCGGCCAAGGGUGUCGGAAGUUUGAUUUGA